AUUGUGCUGUCCUACUAGUUUGACCAAGUUCCCUGGGCUCAGAGAGGCGUAGAAAAGGCAGGAGAAAAGAGCAGAAAGUUUGCGCACAUUUACACACUUCAGUUGUCCUUUACACGCAUGUCCAAGGAGCCCAGUUCCAACCUGGAGAGUGCCAUGCAGAUGCUCAUAAAGACGUUCCACAAGUACUCUGGGAAGGAGGGCGAUAAGUACACGCUGAGCCGGGGCGAACUAAAGGAGCUGCUGCUUGAGGAGCUGGGGACCUACUUGGGGGGCUCCAAAGAUAAUGAGGCGGUUGAGAAGGUGAUGAACGACCUGGACGCCAACAACGACGGGGAGGUGGACUUCACCGAGUUCAUCAUCCUGAUGGGCGCGCUGACGGUCGCCUGCAACGACUUCUUCCUCGAUACCAAAACGGAUGAGAAACCGACAGAUGAAUGCAAAGGCGGGUCGGGGGAGAAGAAAAAUUGAGUGGAAGAGCAGAAUCGGGGCAGAGAAGGGAAAGAGGGUGAAGAGGAAGGGGCUGGGGGUCGUUAAAAAGGAGGAGGGAAAGUAACUGUAUGGGAAAUAGGACAGAUAGGAUUUUUCUUCUUAUGCAAUUUGUAAAUGCUGCAGCUACAGGAGGAGGGGAACGGGGGGCAGAAGGUGUGUGGGUUCAUUGUGAUUUGGGGAUUCAGCAAAAGAAGAGUUUUAGUUUUUUGCAACCGUAUUUCAGACCAAGGCAUAUCCGUGAACUAGUUGCAGUCAAAGCAGAGAGCGACGUUACAUACAGAACCAGGUUUAUAUUACAAUUCCUUCAACUCAUAUUUAGCAGUUUUGACAGCAUAAUCUGGAUUACUGGAAAGAAAAUAAAUUUGGCAAAACACACCCUGGGAUGUUUGAGCAUUUCUCAUGCAUGAAUAAUUUGUGAACAUAAACUAAGUUGCAAAUUAUUAUAGUAUGUACUCACUGUAUGUACUCAGUGUUAACAAUACAACAUGUUGUAUCGCCUUUCCUGUGCAUAUUUUGUAACCCAUUUUGGCAGUGACCAAUGCAUUUCUCAAAAUAUUAAACAUGGCAU